AUGGCGUUGCUGGGACAUCUCUUUCUUCAGGGACUCUGCUUUCUCCACCUCAGUGCCGUGGUGGGGGCUCAAGCUCUGGAGCUCAGGCUGGUGAAUGGAGGGCACCACUGUGAGGGGAGAGUGGAAAUGAAGUACCAAGGAACAUGGAGCACACUGCUCGAUGAGUACUGGCGCUUGGAGGAAGCCACUGUGGUCUGCAGACAGCUGGGCUGUGGAGCUGCUGUUAGUGCCCUUAAAGGGGCUCCAUUUGGUCCAGGUCAUGGACUGGUUUGGUAUGGCUAUCUCCACUGCUCAGGGACAGAGUUGACUCUCAAUGGCUGUUCUCAUUCUAAAUUUCAAGACUAUCGUAAUAAAGCUUCCCAUUCCAGGGAUGCUGGAGUAGUUUGCUCAGGAUUUGUGCGUCUGGCUGGAGGAGAUGAGCCCUGCUCAGGGCAAGUGGAAGUGCAUUCCAGAGGAGUCUGGACUCCAGUGUCUGAUGGGAACUUCACAUCGCUCACCGCCCAGGUCAUCUGUGCAGAGCUGGGGUGUGGCAAGGCUGUGGCUGUCCUGGGGGGUGUACCCCUCAGAGAGUCGGAUCGAGGGGUCUGGCCUGAGGAGUUCUGGUGUGAGGGGCAGGAGCAGAGGCUCUGGCUCUGCCCCAGGGUGCCCUGUGCAGGAGGCACCUGCCACCACCGCGGGGCUGUUCGCCUCGCCUGCUCAGUAUACACCGAAGUCCGGCUCAUGAACAGCGGCAGCUCUCGCUGUGAGGGGCGGGUGGAGAUGCGUAUUUCAGGGCGCUGGAGUGCGCUCUGCGCCUCCCACUGGAGUCUGGCCAAUGCCCAUGUUGUGUGUCGCCAGCUGGGCUGUGGGGUCGCCCUGUCCACCCGAAAUCAUACCCAGAGGCUGUCCCUGUGCACCCACUCCCAGUCUCCGCCAGCAGGCUCUAAGGAAGGUGCAGGCAAAUGUUCAGGCCUGGUGGGCGGAGGCCAUCCCUGCGCCGGCAGAGUGGAGAUCCUGCGCCAGGGCUCCUGGGGCACCGUGUGUGAUGACGGCUGGGACCUGCGUGAUGCCCACGUGGUGUGCAGACAGCUGGGCUGUGGAGAGGCCCUCAAUGCCACGGUCUCUGCUCACUUCGGGGAGGGAACAGGGCCCAUCUGGCUGGAAGAGCUGGGGUGCACAGGAAACGAGUCCCAUGUGUGGAAGUGCCCAUCCCGGGGCUGGGAGAGCCAUGACUGCAGACACAAGGAGGACGCAGGAGUCAUCUGCUCAGACAGCCCACAGCUCCGCUUGGUGGACGGAGGCCAUCGCUGCGCCGGCAGAGUGGAGAUCCUUCAUCGGGGCUCCUGGGGCACCGUGUGUGACUACAAAUGGGACCUGCCUGAUGCCCACGUGGUGUGCAAACAGCUGGGCUGUGGAGAGGCCCUCAGAGCCAUGGCCUCUGCUCAGUUUGGGUUGGGAUCAGGGCCUAUAUGGUUAGACAAUCUGCAGUGCACAGGGACGGAGUCCCACGUGUGGAAGUGCCAAUCCCGGGGCUGGGGGAAGCACUACUGCUCUCACGGGAAGGAUGCAGGAGUCAUCUGCUCAGGAUUUGUGCGUCUGGCUGGAGGAGAUGAGCCCUGCUCAGGGCGAGUGGAAGUGCAUUCCGGAGGAGACUGGACUCCAGUGUCUGAUGGGAACUUCACAUUGCUCACCGCCCAGGUCAUCUGUGCAGAGCUGUGGUGUGGCAAGGCUGCGUAUGUCCGGGAGGGUGUGUCCCUCAGAGAGUCAGAUGGACGGGUCUGGCCUGAGGAGUUCUGGUGUGAGGGGCGGGAGCAGGGUCUCUGGUUCUGCCCCAGGGUGACCUGUCCAGGAGGCACCUGCCACCACCGUGGGGCUGUUCACCUCGUCUGCUCAGAAUACACAGAAGUCCGGCUCAUGAACAGCAGCAGCUCUCGCUGUGAGGGGCAGGUGGAGAUUCAUAUUUCAGGGCGCUGGACCGCGCUCUGCGCCUUCCACUGGAGUCUGGCCAAUGCCCAUGUUGUGUGUCGCCAGCUGGGCUGUGGGGUCGCCCUGUCCACCCCCGAAGGAGCACACUCUGGGGGAGCAGCUGCCCUGGUCUUGAAGGCCCGAUUUCACUGCUUAGGGAAUGAGUCCUCCUUGUGGACGUGCCCUGUGACUGCGCUGGGCGCUCCUGACUGCGGCCCUGGACACACGGCCUCUGUGACCUGCUCAGGAAACCAGACCCAGGAGCUGCCCCAGUGCACCCAAAACUUGUUAAUAUCUACAGCCUCACAGGAGGGUGCACCAAACUGCUCAGACAACCCACAGCUCCGCCUGGUGGGCGGAGGCCAUCGCUGCGCCGGCAGAGUGGAGAUCCUGCACCAGGGCUCCUGGGGCACCGUGUGUGAUGACGGCUGGGACCUGCGUGAUGCCCAUGUGGUGUGCAGACAGCUGGGCUGUGGAGAGGCCCUCAACGCCACGGUCUCUGCUCACUUCGGGGUGGGAUCAGGGCCCAUCUGGCUGGAAGAGCUGAGGUGCACAGGAAAUGAGUCCCAGUUGUGGAAGUGCCCAUCUCUGAGCUGGGGACACCAUGACUGCAGGCACAAGGAGGACGCCGGGGUCAUCUGCUCAGAGUUCUCAGCCCUCAGGCUGGUGAGCGAGCACCAGGACUGUGCCGGGUGGCUGGAAGUUUUCUACAACGGGACCUGGGGUGGGGUGUGCAACAGCCCAAUGGACACUGUGACCUUGUCUGUGAUCUGCAGACAGCUUGGCUGUGGGGACAGCGGGACCCUCAACCCUUUGGUUGCUGCUAGGGAAGGUUCUAGACCCCGGUGGGUAGAUGGAAUCCGGUGUCGCAAGACGGAUACCUCUCUCUGGCAGUGUCCUUCUGACCCUUGGAAAUACCAUUCGUGCUCUUCAAGAGAGGAAGCUUCUGUCACAUGUGCAGAAAAGAGGCCGAAGAGCUGUCCAUCUGCCGCCCCCUGCACAGACAGGGAGAAGCUGCGGCUGCGGGGCGGAGACGGCGCGUGCUCAGGCCGCGUGGAGGUGUGGCACGCAGGCGCCUGGGGCACGGUGUGCGACGACUCCUGGAGCCUGGCCGAGGCCCACGUGGUGUGCAGGCAGCUGGGCUGCGGCUCGGCGCUGGACGCCCCGCGGGCGGCGGCCUUUGGCGCUGGCAACGGCAGCAUCUGGCUGGAUGAGGUGCGCUGCAGGGGCGGGGAGCCCUCGCUGUGGGCCUGCCCUGCGGCUCCCUGGGGCCAGAGCGACUGCAAGCACGAGGAGGACGCGGGAGUGAGGUGCUCGGGUGCACAAACUUCUCUGAAACCUCACCACCCUCUUCUGUCCUCAGGCAGCAGAUCAGACCCAGCUGCUGGCCCUGGCAUCUUCUCCCUGCCCGGGGUCCUCUGCAUCAUCUUGGGGGCCCUUCUCUUCCUGGUCCUGGUCAUCCUGGGCAUUCAGCUGCACGGAGGGAGAGCAGAGCACAGAGCCUCACCUGCUUUCGAAGAUGUCAUCGAUGAGGCCUUGUACCAGGAGAUUGACCACUAUGCUUUACCAGAAAAGGACCUUUAUUACAGUCCAGAGCCUCCGGGACAUCAUGCCAGUGCCACAGGAGACUGUUAUGAUGAUGUUGAAGAGUUUCGUGUUCCUAGAGAAAUUCCUUCUUCCCCUGGAAUGAGUGGGAAUUAUACUUUUCCAGAAGAAGAAGGGGAUUCCCAGCCAGGAAACCAGACCCAGGGGCUACCCCUGUGCACCCACUCCCCAUCUACACCAGCAGUGUCUGCAGCCUCAGAGGAAGGUGCAGCCAACUGCUCAGACAGCCCACAGCUCCGCCUGGUGGGCGGAGGCCAUCGCUGCGCCGGCAGAGUGGAGAUCCUGCACCAGGGCUCCUGGGGCACCGUGUGUGAUGGCGGCUGGGACCUGCGUGAUGCCCACGUGAAUCAGGGCCAGUAUGGCUAG